CCGGGACCGCGUGGGGAACGCCCGGGCGCGGCGCUGCGGUUCCAGAUGCGGCGGGGCUCGGCCCCCUGCUGUUAAAUGCCGCAGCCCGGAGCGGCCCGGGACGCAGUGCGGGCGGGCAGCCGGGCGCGGGGACAUGGCCAAAGGCUUCUUCAUCAGCCGCACGCUGGCAGUGGGGGGGGGCGUCCUGGCGGUGGGGGCGGUCGCCACCAUCAUCGCUCUCGCCGUUGUCUACGCGCAGGAGAAGGCUAGCAACGCGGUGACGGACGGGCCGAGCGGUCCGGUGACGAACGGGCCGGUGACGGACGGGCCGAGCGGUCCGGUGACGGACGGGCCGAGCGGUCCGGUGACGGACGGGCCGAGCGGUCCGGUGACGGACGGGCCGAGCGGCCCCACCACCGCCCCGCCGCCCCUCCUGCCCUGGCAGCGCCUCCGGCUGCCGCUCGCCCUCCGCCCGAUCCACUACCAGCUGAGCCUGUGGCCGCGGCUGGAGCCCGACGCCCAGGGCGACUACCACUUCUCCGGCAACUCCUCCGUGCUGUUCCACUGCCACAACCGCACCGACCUGAUCCUCAUCCACUGCGACCGGCUGCAGUUCAACAGCCUGUCCGGCCGGCUGGCCCGGGUGUGGGGCCCGGGCGGCCGGGAGCUCCACAUCAGCAAGAGCUGGGUGCAGAACGACACCCAGUACCUGGUGGUCCGCCUCGCCGACCCGCUCAAGCCCGGCCAGAACUACUCCAUGUACACCGAGUUCCGCGGGCGGCUGGACGACGACCUCCGCGGCUUCUACCGGAGUCAGUACGUGGACGAGAAUGGACAGACCAGGAUCAUCGCCACCACCCAGAUGCAGCCGACGGACGCGAGAAAGGCCUUUCCCUGCUUCGAUGAGCCUGCGAUGAAGGCCACGUUCACCAUCAGCCUGACCCAUGGGCCUGGCUACACUGCCCUAUCCAACAUGCCGGUGUCCGACAAUAAAACCCUGACUGUUGGUAAUGUCAUUUGGUACAAUGUUACCUUUCAACCAACUCGCAAGAUGUCCACGUACCUCCUGGCUUUUAUUGUUUGUGAUUUUGGAUAUGUGGAGCAACAUUCAGAAGGAACCUUGAUCCGCAUUUGGGCUCGAAAGCCAGCAAUAGCUCAAGGACAGGGAGAUUAUGCCCUCAAUGUCACUGGACCAAUCCUUAACUUCUUCGAAACCUACUACAACGUUUCCUACCCGCUUCCGAAAUCAGACCAGAUUGCACUCCCUGACUUCAACGCGGGUGCGAUGGAGAACUGGGGGCUGAUCACGUACCGUGAGACGGCACUUCUGUACGACCGAAACCUGUCUUCCAAUGGCAACAAGGAACGAGUGGUCAAGGUCAUCGCACAUGAAUUGGCUCAUCAGUGGUUCGGAAACCUUGUAACUCUGAGAUGGUGGAACGACCUGUGGCUGAACGAAGGUUUUGCCUCUUACGUUGAAUACCUGGGAGCUGACCAUGCAGAGCCCUCCUGGAACUUGAAAAUGUUAAUCGUCUUGAAUGACGUUUACCGUGUGUUUGCUGUUGAUGCUCUGGCAUCGUCUCACCCACUCUCGUCUAAAGAGGAAGAGAUUAACACACCUGCACAAAUCAAUGAGCUAUUUGAUGCUAUUUCGUACAGCAAGGGAGGAUCAGUUCUGCGCAUGUUGUCCGACUUCCUCACAGAGGAGAUCUUUGUGACGGGACUGAACAGCUACCUUACGAAAUUUUCAUAUGACAACACCGUGUACACCAAUCUCUUUGACCAUCUGCAGCAGGCUAUAAAGGGAAAGGUCGCCCUGCCAGCUUCGGUGAAUGAUAUCAUGAGUCGGUGGACACUGCAAAUGGGGUUCCCAGUGGUUACCAUAGAUACAGAAAAAGGACACAUCAGUCAGAAACAUUUCCUCCUUGAUCCAAAUUCAAACGUGACUCGUCCGUCAGAGUUUCAUUACGUUUGGUUUGUGCCGAUUAGGUGGAUGAGGAGAAAUGCGCAGCAGCAGUUAACCUGGUUACUGAAAAAGGAAGAUGCUAAUGCAAAUAUGAAAUACUCUGGAGAUGACUGGGUCUUGGCUAACAUUGAUGUUGUUGGAUAUUACCGAGUGAACUACGACGAGAGGAAUUGGAACAACCUUGUCAAACAACUGGAAACCAACCACUCAGUUUUACCGAUCAUAAACAGAGCCCAGAUAAUUGCCGACUCCUUCAACCUCGCCAGGGCUCAGUACCGCCACACCACAGCAGCACUGGACACAACCAAGUACCUGCAUAAUGAGCGGGAAUACAUUCCAUGGCAGGCAGCCCUCGACAACCUGGCUUACAUUCGGGUCAUGUUUGACCGCAGUGAGGUGUUUGGAAAUAUGAAGAAAUACAUGUUGCAGCAGGUGUCCCCAUUGUAUGACCACUUCAAAUCCGUUACUGUAAACUGGACCAAACCUUCUGAAGGUCACAUGGAUCAGUACAAUGAGAUCAAUGCCAUGAGCGUUGCCUGUAGUUACGGGCAUCAGGACUGUCUGAACAAGGCACAGGAACUGUACAGGGACUGGAUGAAGAAUCCCAGCGUUAACAAUAUCCCACUGAAUCUGAAGACGACAGUUUACUGCAAUGCAAUAGCGUCCGGCGGGGAGAAGCAGUGGGACUUUGCUUGGAAAAUGUUCCAGAAUGCCACGAUAGCCACGGAAGCAGACAAGUUAGGAGUAGCUCUGGCCUGCACUAAAGAACCAUGGCUACUGAACAGGUACCUGAUGUACUCCCUGGAUCCCAGUAAAGUCCGGAAGCAGGAUGCCACCUCCACCAUUUCUGCCAUUGCCCGUAAUGUGGUUGGUCAGUCUUUGACCUGGGACUUCAUCAGAGCAAAGUGGUCGACCAUCUUCGAGCAGUACGGUGGAGGCUCCUUCUCAUUCUCACGGCUGAUCGCCAGCGUCACAGAACGAUUCUCAACAGAGUUUGAGCUCAAACAGCUUGAACAGUUCAAGAAGGAUAACGAGCACAUUGGAUUUGGGUCUGGAACUCGUGCCAUUGAGCAAGCUCUGGAGAAGACAAAGGCCAACAUCAAGUGGGUGAAGGCAAACAGGGAUUCUGUUAAUGACUGGUUUGCCAGUGCUUUGACUCCAACUCCUUAACUGAAAGGCCAUCAGCAAACGUAAAUAAGAAAUCCCUUUGAUGUACAGAACUGAGGUUGACAAGCAUUGGAAAGAUCAUUCUCCAGAGGAGAAUAUCCUGUAUUUAAAAUAACAGGAAACUCUGGAGUUGGGUAAUUUCAAGCCAUGUUUGAGUAAUGAUCCAUGAAAUAGUGAACUUGAACCAUAACAACCAUUCAAGUGAUGUGCCCGUGUCACCCAGACGCCACAAAACUACUGUGCCAAGGCCUUGGUUAAUUCAGCUUUGUGGAAUUAAUUCUUGGUGAAUGAAUUAUGCCUUAAUUAUUAAUCCAAACUAUUGUCCUGUAUUGAGAGUAAUUACAUUUGUCACAUGUUUGUUAUCUUCAGGAAGGGUGCAAUGACUGUGCUUUCAAUAAUAUUUCUAUAUAGUUUUUGAAUAUGUUAAAUAGUUUACUCAAUUAAUACCACAUGAUUAAUGAAAGAGAAAAUACCUCAGGUAAUUCCUGUUACCAGGAGUAUUCUAGGAGGAAAAUGGUGCAAAGCCUCUGACCGUGAAAUAAUCUAGUCUUUUGCAGUAUCCACCACUUCAGCACAGUGUGUAAAUCACAUCUUCCCAAGUAACGUUCUCAGGAAACAUUCAGGUCAUUUAUUCCUGAAAAUCUGCAACAUAAGGAUUGACUUCAUCCUGUGUGCCAGUCUAACAGAACAGCAGUACCCCUGUGCCAACCUGUUGACCAUCCAACACGGUGGGCACUCAGAAGGAAAUGAAAGCCAUUGUCGAUCUCUGCAGCAACACUGAGUACCUGUGGGAAAAGUCACACAAGAUUGGAAUCUGCACCAAUGUCAUAGAUGUUGUACCUUUUCUCAAUAAAAGCUACCAUUCAAAAUUCCUCAAUCA